AAACGGUACCGACAAGAAGGAAAUGCAGUUUGCAACAGGGGAAGAUAAACGCCGAGCAUGCUAUCAAUGUCCGUUUCUCUCUCCACACCCUCCCGUAGUCCCGUCUCGAGUCCCAACGGAUCCUUCCGCACAUCCACCCUUCUCUUGGUCAAAGCGCUCUCCUCCUCCUACGCCCUCACCCUGCUCUCUCUCUCUCUCUCUCUCUCUCUCUCUCUCUCUCUCUCUCUCUCUCUGCUUCUGUUCCUUCCUCCGCCACCCUUUUAUUUUUUACUCUUCUCUCUCCAGAGUAAAACAAUUGUGCUGGUGAGGACGAUGAGAGAGAAAGAGAGAGAGGGAGCCGCCGAGUAAUGGCAGGAGGAACCUUCUUUUCCUGACUCCCUUACCUGUGGCUGCACCCCAUCAUUUGUCCCUGAUCCUUGUGCUUCGCUCCUGUUGCGCUUUUCUUGGGCCAUCGGUGGACUGAGCCGUCGCCAAUAAGGAAGGAGAAGGCUUCCCCAUUCCCACAACCGGGGGUGGAGCCGGAGCGCCUCCUCGCCACUGGCCUCCUCCGGCGAUCUCUUCUUCCUCCAGUCACAGGUUGAUCAAUCCAAGCUGAGAUGGAAGGCCAUGUAGCAAUGGAGUGGAAGGAUCCUAAACCAGGCCCAGAAUCCUUGAUGGGCUUCCAAACCAGAGGUGUUCGACCAGACACCGUAGGGGGGCACAGCAACGAGGACGCUAAACCCGGAUUUGAGAAGCAUGGCUUCUCAGUCGACAUAAGCUCGCCUCAGGAGGAAGGUCGGUCACUUCCACUCACCCCGCAGUUUGGCCAGAAGACCAGUCCUGGCAGCAGCCUCGCCGAGAGGAUGCAGGCAAGAGCUGGAUUCAAGGUGCCGAAGCUCAACAUGCCUUUCAGCACAGCAGCUGGAGCUGAUAAUUCAGUACCAGGAGCCCCAUCGCCCUACCUCACGAUCCCGCCUGGCUUGAGCCCAGCAACGCUGCUCGAGUCACCAGUCUUCGUUUCUAAUGCCAUGGGCCAACCCUCGCCAACCACGGGGAAGCUAUUCAUGUCUGGUAGCACAAAUGACAAUGAUCCUAUUAGAUUUGGAGGUCCUCCAGUUGGAGAUGGCCCUGAUGCUUUUUCUUUCAAGCCCUUAGAUCUGAAAUCCUCACACUACACUGCUGAAGCAAUGAAGGAACAAAAUACGCAGGUUUCUGUCAAGACUAAAACUAAGACUCAGCCAGUACAAGAAGCUAAUUUGCUGGGCCAACUGAACCAGCAGAAUCACAAUGUGCAGACCAAUAUGAACAUCGGCGGUCCUCAUGACUCCAAGCUCAGCCGUCUUGCAUCUGGCACCGGUGCCUGCAACGAACACGUAUCACCCCCGGAUUACGGCCAGACAGCUGAGGAAGGUGGUGAUGCGAGGGAAGACUACCCGCCGGCAAUGGCCGCCGCUACAGCGCCAGCAGAGGACGGGUACAGCUGGAGGAAGUACGGGCAGAAGCAGGUGAAGCACAGCGAGUACCCGCGGAGCUACUUCAAGUGCACGCAUCCCAACUGCCAGGUGAAGAAGAAGGUGGAGCGCUCGCACGAGGGGCACAUCACGGAGAUCAUCUACAAGGGCGCGCACAACCACCCGAAGCCCACGCCGAGCCGCCGGCCAGGCGUCCAGGUCCAGCCCGUGCACCCGUUUGGCGACGCCGGCGGUGCGCAGCAGGCGGACGCCGCGGCCGACAACAACCUGGGGUCACAGUCACAGCAGGCAAACGCUGCAGCGGAAGCCAACCACCAGCCGUGGCGUGCGGGCGUUCAGGAUGGCAUGGACGCCGCGACGUCGUCGCCCUCGGUUCCCGGUGAGCUCUGUGACUCGUCGGCGUCGAUGCAGCAGGUCGAGUACGCACCCCGAGGGUUUGGGUCCCCCGAGGGCGCGGAUGUGACGUCUGCUCCGUCUGACGAGGUGGACGGCGGCGACAGGGUGACUCUUGGCAGCAUGUCCCACGCCGGUGCCGACGCGGAGGGCGACGAACUGGAAUCUAAACGAAGGAAGGUGGAGGCAUAUGCCAUGGAUAUGAGCACUGCGUCGAGAGCUAUUCGCGAGCCUCGCGUGGUGAUCCAGACGACGAGCGAGGUGGACAUCCUCGACGACGGCUACCGCUGGCGCAAGUACGGGCAGAAGGUCGUCAAGGGCAACCCGAAUCCAAGGAGCUACUACAAGUGCACGCACCCGGGGUGCACGGUGCGGAAGCACGUGGAGCGCGCGUCGCACGACCUCAAGUCCGUGAUCACCACGUACGAGGGCAAGCACAACCACGAGGUCCCCGCGGCGAGGAACAGCGGCGGCCACCCGAGCACCGCGGCGGCGGCGACAGGCGCGGGUGGUGGUGGUCCGCGGAGGCCGGAGCACACGUCGUCGGUGCACGACGGCCUGAUGAUGAGGCACCUGGGCGGCUGCGGCGUGCCGUUCGGCCUGCCGCUGCAGCCGCCUAGCAGGGACCCGCUGGCGCCGAUGGGCAACUACCCGACGUACCCGUUCACUGCCCUCGGCGGCGGCGGUGGCAGCGGCGGCGACGGCGGCCUCACGUCGCUGCCGAGCUUGCCGAUGGCCACGGGGAACCUCAGCGCCGUGGAGGGGCUGAAGCUCCCGAUGCUGGCAACCUCGUCGCCCCUGCACCACCAGCACCCGCUGCUGAGGCACCGGCAGGCGAUGCAGGCCGCCGCCCUCGCCGCGGCGCCCAUGGCGCAAGUGAAGGUCGAAGACAACGUCGCCGCCGGCGUUACCGCUGCCCCGUCGGUGUACCAGCAGAUGGUGCGCAGCGGGCUGCGGCUGGGCCACCAGAUGUAGAUAAUAAAAGCGGGGACGAUUAGAGUGGGUCUCAAGUUAUUAGUUUCAAAUUCUUAUUACCAGUCGUAUUAGGAUGAGUUCGUCAUAAGUAUAAUAGCGUGGAAACAAACGCCCCUUCGAUUUGUUUUUGUUUUUAACCUUCCGUUCGGCUUCAUUCUUUUCGCCAGCAACAAUUUAUUUACUGCCCCUGUUCAUUUGAGAUUCA